UUGAUUAAUGCCUGCCUGAGAGAGCCUGACUCCGAUGUAUCCCUCACGUCUCUUUCUUCUCCUUCUUCUGUCUGGGAAUCUUUAUUUUAUCUUCACCUAAUGGGUUUAUAAUAAUUUUUCGAAUGAAACCCAUUUGAAUGUAAAUCAAGGAACUACCUAUUGAAUACCGAGAGCUCUUGAAUACCUGCCAAAAAUUUCCCCAAUUUAAUUCUACAGCUGCCUGGGAUUUGUUCGAUGAAAUUCCUAACAGAGCUUUUCCUUUUCUUACCUUACUCCGUGCUGUUUAAAGAGCUUAAUCGUUCGAUUGGUAAGGGUUACAACGGAGGGUUCACAACGAAAAUUUGGGCAAUGCAGCAAUGAAUACAGAGCGCCUAUAGCAAAGAAUUGGUCUCAGGUAAUACUCUCAAGCAACACAAAAUGUACUCGUAUCCUUAAUUUGGUAAAUUAUUGAAUGGAUGAACAUUGGAGUCACAGCACUGCACUCUUCUAAGAAGUUCGCAAUAGUAGAUAGGUGACUACUACUCGAUCCAACCCUCCAACGGUCUUUACUACUGUUAAUUGGAUAUGGCUCUGCAACCCAGAAAAAACACAUCCUCAGCGAGCAUAGCAGUGAAAGACGCUUCCGUCUGACUUUGGUUACGAUGGCUUAGAGAUGUUGCGUAUGAUGCUGAUGACGUUCUGGAUGAGUUCUCUUAUGAGGCUAUGCGUAGAUCUGAAAUUCACCGCAAGAGAGAUAAGGUACUAGACUUCUUUUCGUCCUCCAGCACUCUUGCCUUCCCUAUUAAGAUGGUUAAAAAAAUUAAAGCUAUUAACAAAAUACUAGACGAGAUUUCCAGUACCAUGAUGAACUUUCAGUUGCAAACAAGUAGUCCUGAUGAUGAUCUAUGAACUCAGCAACAGUACCGGCAAACUUUUCACUUUGUAGACAAAAAAAUAGUAGGAAGAGAGAACGAUAGGUCAGCUAUAUUACAGAUGCUAAUGACCCUCGACAUAUCAUCUGUGAAUUCUAGUCGACAAGAAAAUGUUUCUGUCAUACCUGUUCUGGGUAUGAGGGGAGUUGGGAAGACCGCGCUUGCUCAGCUGGUCUACCAAGAUGACUCUAUCAAGAGACACUUCGAACCCAGAGCUUGGGUUUGUGUUUCUGAUGAUUUUGAUGUCUUCAAAAUCGUAAAAGAAAUUAUCGAGUCUGUCACAGAUAAAAAGUGUCCUGAUAUGUCAAAAAAAAGUGUCUUGGCUGGUAUGCUUCAAAAGAAUCUGAAGGGGAAGAGAUAUUUGUUAGUCCUGGACGACCUGUGGAACGAGAAUGCAGAAGACUGGGAAAAGCUGAAGGAUCUGCUAAGAGUGGGUGAUCCUGGAAGCAAAAUCUUAAUCACUACGCGUAACGACACAGUUGCAUCCGUUGUUAGAGGUAUAAUUCCACCUUACAGUCUAAAAUGCUUAUCCGUGAGCGAUUGCUGGUCUAUUAUAAGAGACAAGGCAUUUUCUCCUGGUGGCGCAUUUGAGACCCCAAAUAUGAUAAAAAUAGGAGAGUCAAUAGCGAGUAGAUGAGGUGGUUUACCACUUGCUGCAAAUGUUCUAGGAAAUCUCAUGCGCUUGCAUGCAACCAAGAGUGAUUGGCUGUCAAUCCUAGACCAUGAUAGUUUAAAGACCAUAGAUGCAAAAACUAAAAUCAUAUCUGUAUUAAAAUUAAGUUAUGAUAAAUUACCUUUGCAUUUGAAACUCUGUCUUUUAUGUUGCUCUUUAU